UUGUGUGUAUUUAAAAUUCGUAUUGAAUAUUUUAAAUAUUGUUUAUUAUAUUAAUAUAAUGUUCAUUGGCUACAUGAUAUAUAUUACGACAUUGCUCAAUUGUGAAGGACUAUAAAACUACAAAAACAGUUUUAGGGUUUACAGUGACAAAUCAAUAAAUGCUUGACUUAAGAUAAAAGUGCAGUUCCCCAACAGCCCUUACUGAUGAACUAAUUCAUUAUGCUUAAUGAUGGAAAAAGAAUAGGGGUUUAAACUUAUUGCUGCAGCUCUCCAUGAGCCAGAGUUUUAUUCAAUUUCUUUAAUAUUAACACGCAUAAGUAUGGACGGCCAGGUUUCAGGACGACGAGUUAACCAAAAGAUAGAUACAACACUAGAUAUUAGUGCAAGAAACCAAAUGAUAGAUGAGGAGAGAAAUUAUGGAUCUAAUGCGGCCAGUGAUAAUCCGUUACGUUCGGGGAAAUUUAAAAAGUUGUUCAAAAAUCCCUUCAAGCCAUUAGAUACAGCUUCGGAUUCUGCAUCGACAAAAAAACGUUAUGAAAAAUUGCAGAUAUUUGCGCAACCGAUGCACUUGAUAUCGACAGAUAAAGAAGGAAGAUUUCAGAUUCACGAUGAUGCUUUGGGUCAAAUAAAAAAGAUAGAGUCUCCGUUGGCUGUUGUUGCAAUAGCAGGUCUUUACCGGACCGGUAAAUCAUACCUGAUGAAUCGCCUAGCCGGAUCAACAUCAGGAUUUGACCUCGGAAAUACAAUUCAGUCUAAAACAAAGGGCAUAUGGGUCUGGUGUAGACCCCAUCCGAAGCUGAAAGAUCAUGUACUACUGCUUCUUGAUACUGAAGGACUAGGUGAUAUUUCAAAAGGUGACGUUGGACACGAUAAUAAGAUAUUUACACUAGCUGCAUUACUCUGCAAUGUUCUUGUCUACAAUAUGAUGUCAGCCUUUAACCAUGACGCAGUAGAAAAACUGACAUUCAUAACUGAAAUGUCAAAAAACAUACAUUUCGAUAGAAGAUCUGGAAUGGAUAAUUAUGAUGGGGAGAAACUUGCCCUUAUCCUUCCAACUUUUGUACUUUGUCUGAGAGACUUCAGCCUUCUAUUAGAAAAGGAUGGCAUCGAAAUUACAGCGGACCAAUAUCUUGAGGACUGUCUUGCGAAGCAACUUGGAACGGAUUGCAACAAGGAAACAUAUAACCGGCCAAGAGAAUGUAUCAAAAAAUAUUUCCCAACUCGUAAAUGCUUUACCUUUGAUACACCAGGAAAUAGAGAUGUUAUACUUCGGUUGGAUAAAGCACGUCCUAAAGAAUUGUCAAAAGCAUUUGAAGAUGAGUCAAAGAAGUUCGUUCAAUUUGUGUAUCAGUGCAAAGGAAAAGCUUUACUUACCAGCAAGACUGUAACAGGAAUAAUGUUCGCUGGACUGGUAGAGUCAUAUGUGCAAGCAAUACGACAUGGGGCUGUUCCGGACGUGGACGAUGCGAUACUGGUUGUUUCAAAAAUAGAAAACAGAAGAGCUGCAGCUGCCGCAGUAGAAACAUUUACUCGUCAUUUGGAAAACAUCAAACAGAAACUUCCAAUACUGCAUAAGGAAGAAUUCUAUCAGCUGUUUCAAAGUAUUCAGGAAACUUCUCUUACAGCUUUUCGGAUGGAAGCAAUGUUUGAGUCGGAGCCGUUUGAAAAGGAAGCUUCUAAAGAAAUGGAAGAACUUUGGAUGCAUGUAUCAAGACAAAAUGUAGAGCUAGUCCGGAAGUAUUAUGCAGAUAUGCUGGAUACAAUCUACGACGCAACCGUAGGAAGUUACCUUAAAAGUGGAAGAUAUAGUGUGGCAGGCGGCUAUACAACAUACAGACUGGAAAUGGGGGCACUAAAGGAAACAUAUAAAUCAAAAGCAAACAGCAUGAACUCUUAUGAAGCGCAACAAGCUUGGCGUAAAUUUCUAGACGAGAAGGAGAAAGACGGAAAUACUAUACUUACCGCCGACCAACAGCUAACAGAAGAAGACAGGAAACGUGAAUUGGAAAAAAUACAACAGGAAAAUCAAAGGGCGCAGCAGGAACAAAAAGCACUUUUCGAUAAUAUGAUGAAAGAGGAAAAGAUGCGAUCUGAAAAACAUAUUGAAAAGUUGGAAAUAGAGAGACAAUCGUAUAAGAAAAAGGAAGAGGGGAGAAUGAAAAUGCUAACAGAAAAACAGAAUCAACAAGAAGAACUCAACAAAAAACAACUUCAGAUGAUGACAGCAGAAAACAAGAAACAGAAGAUGAAUUUUGAGUUAGAAGUAAAGAAUUUAAAGGAAGAGUUACUUCGUAGGGAGAAGGAAAACGAAGAUCGGAUCAGGAAACAACUUGAAGAAGAACAAAAACAAUACAAAAUGCAGGUUGGUGGUAUGAAUCAAGCCUUAAAGGGUGUUUCAGAAGUUGAAAAGAUUGUAUCCGAGAAAGUCGAUAAAACGUUCAAAGCGUUUUGCAAAGAGGAAAGAAAGCGGCACGAAAAAGAAAUGAAAUUAAUGAAUGAUCAGGUAGAAGCACUUAAAGCUGAUGUACGAAAGGAACAAGCCGAAAAGCAACAAAUUUCUGCAGAGAUGAAUGCAGCUUUAGUAAAUGCGGAAAAGGACAAACAAGAAAAGGAAUUGAUUAAACGGGAGAAGGAAGAGGAAAAAAGGGCAAAAGAACAACUUGAACGAGAAAGGGAUGCUGUCAAGACAGAAAGAGAAUUGUUUAAAUAUGAAAAAGAGAAGGAAAGAAGAAAAAAUGAGCAGUUAGAAUUAGCGGUGAAAGAAGAAAGAGAUGAAAACGAAUUUUUGAAACGAGAGAAAGAAAACGAAAAAAAUCUGAAAGAAGGUCUCGAAGAAAAGAUGGGAAGAGUAUAUAAUCGAAACAUUUGGGAAAGGGUGGUAAAUAAGAAAGUAUAACUUUAAUCCAAAAAUGUCAUAAUGGCAAUCAAAAUUUGUUAUAGGUACAUGUUUUACAUCAUGAUCGAGACGCGUGAAUCAUAAAACUAUGCGCUUUAAAGGUAGACAGGACGUCAGCGUAAAUAGUAAGAAUGUACUACUUUUGUACCAUUACAUUUAUCCAAUGGCCAUGGAAAUAUAAUAUUUAGGUAUAGUACUAAAGACUGGAAAAAUUUGCUAAAUUCCAUUCUGUGAUGUACAAUAACACUGUAUCAAGUGUGUAAUUAACCAGGUUUUCAACGAAAACCUGAGUUAUUAGAUUGGGGUAGAUGUCGGGCGGCGGCGGCGGCGGUGGCGGCGGCGGCGGCGUCAAACUGGUGUUUCCGGUCAAUAACUUUUGUUUCGGUAAAGAUAUUUGAAUAAAACUUGGUAUGUAUGUAGCUUAUAUCAAGACAAAGGCUGGGAUUGAUUUUGGGGUUUCUGGGGUCAAGGUCAAGGUCACUGUUACUUAAAAUAGAAAAAGGGUUUCCGGUCAAUAACUUUUGUUUCGGUAAAGAUAUUUGAAUAAAACUUGGUAUGUAUGUAGCUUAUAUCAAGACAAAGGCUGGGAUUGAUUUUAGGGUUUCUGGGAUUAAGGUCAAGGUCACUGUUACUUAAAAUAGAAAAAGUGUGUCCGGUCAAUAACUUAACUUAGGAAUGAGCUAUCAUGAUGAAACUUGGUGUAUAGAAAACUUAUAUAAAGUUGUAGCUUUGGAUUGAUUUUGGGGUUUCUGGGAUCAAGGUCAAGGUCAUUGUUACUAAAAAUAGGGUUAGGGUUAGGUUAGGGUUAGGGUUAGCAUAUCUUCUACAUGCAUAGAGGGAUUUUGAUGUAUCUUGGCACAAUUAUACACCAUCAUGAGACGAAGUGUCUUGCGCAGUUCCCUUCUUUAGAAUUACUUCCCUUUGUUGUUACUAUAAAUGGCUUAUAUUGUAACUUUUUCAUUACUAGACGUAGGGAAAAAUCGAGACCACUUUUCUGUAGUACAACAUGCAUGUUACAUCCAAUUUUGAGGUGUAUUUUGACCAAUCUCUACCUUGUAAGGAUUUCUGUGUGGACGUACAAUUUUUUUUUUUUUUUUUUUUUUUGUUUUUAAGAUUAACUUCCCUUAGUUGUUACUAUAAAUAACUUAUAUUGUAACUUUUUUAUAAUUGACCGUAGGGAAAAACCAAGACCACUUUUCUGUGGUACAACAUAGUUGUUACUUUCUAAUUUUAGGUGUAUUUUAAGGUAUCUCUACCUGGUAAGGAGUUUUUUUUUGUGGACUUAGAAAAACAAAAGAAUUACAAUGAUUACUAAACAACCACAAAAUUAAAAUUACAUCUGCAAAUACAGGUGCUAGAGUAAAGAAAUUUGCUGUGACGGGCGUAUAUUGUGACAUUCUGGCACUCUUGUUUAUUCUUAUGAAAAGUGUUGAAAACCUGGUUUCGUGGCAUUGCCGCGUUUCUUGUUUAUUAAAUGGUAUGAUAUCGUGACUGCCUUAUUAAAUUCUGAGUGAUAAUUCUCUUUGUCAUCAAACAGUGAAAUGUUAUUAAUGAUAUAAAUAUAGAUGGAAACGUUGAACAAUUAACUACAUAAAUACACUUCCUAUUAUGAAAUCGCUUACAUUAUAUCUGUAAUAAGUUUUUUGCCGAGAAUUAUCCGGGUUGCUGGCAAGAUUCUAAAUUUUGCAAUUAUAAUUAAUCAACAUGGCUUAGCAUUUCCACUACCGUCCAUGAACAGGCUCAAUCAAACCGAGCCUGCAACAUUUUUGUUUUUGUCGUGUUGAACGACCUGUGGAGUUUCCACUUUUUCUAUUUUAGAUUCAGAUUGAGGUUGUACAAGUAUAUCAUCAAUGUGUACAGCUAAAUUGUAUGAAAUUGUAAUGUUCUGAAUUUGAACAUAUUGAAAACUUUUUGAGAUAAAUAAUAAAAUGCUGCUUGUAUCCGUUCCCUGUCAAAUUGAAAUCGCAACCUCUAAUACUGAAGAAUGCCAUUGAAAAAAAGAUGUUAUAAACAUGUAUUAACUAAUCAGUUGUAUGGUUAAUACAAUUUAAAAUUUUUAUUGUCAUUAUUAUAAUAAGUAUAAUUAGAGUUAUUAAUAUUACUUUUACAAUAAUAAGAAUGAAAUUGUUGUUUUUAUUAUAAUUAUGAAACAUAUAAUUGUUAUUGUUUUAUAUCUGAAAUAAAAUAAAUCCUGGUUUAUGGUAAUGUACGGAAACGGAAAUGUCAUUCCAUCAGAAUGUAUGAUAUAUGUAUAAUACAAUUGCAGUUUUAAAUCAAAGGGGCUUGCCUCCAGAUUUUUGUCAGUUUUUUGUUUUUUAAUUUAGAAAGUACUGUUACUAGUUAAUAAUAUUUUAGAUCUAGACAGUACUUAUAAAUAAAGACUCAUGAAGACGGAACAGCAUGUACAAAAGCUCACUAAAGCGUUAGUCGCGAAUACCAUAGUGGUAACUUAGCUGUUCUUUAAGCAAAAACAUAUAUUAGCGACCAAUUACUUAUGUAAUUCUAUAUUUAGCUUACGUUAUUAUCUGAUUGAAAAAUGUUGAAAUUUCGACGGUUAUUAGGAAGGAUAUCCAUUUAAAAAUGACUCUAGGCGUAAUUAAGCCUCUAAAGCUAGUUAUUAUCUCCUCCAACCUAUGAAUAUCUUGUUUGUUAUUAGGAAACGGUCGCUAAAAUAUAAACGGUUAAUGUAUGAUAUGAAUAGUGCGUGUAUAGAAUAAUGAUCCGUUUGCUAUUGCCAAAAUUUCUAUGAACCAGUUGAGUUCAGUUUGAUUGAAUGAACUCGUAAUACAAAACACUAUAAGCCGAUUUGUUAUGAUAUGUUAUGUUAUGUUAUGAUAUCAUAUGGUAUGAUAUGAUAUGAUAUGAUAUGAUAUGAUAUGAUAUGAUCAAUGAUAAGUAACAUUAUGCAAUAUGUAAAAUUCAACGCAAAACUGACAGUAGUGGGAGAAAGAAAUUUACACAUGAAUUAAUAUGUUUAUGAUUAGACAUCACAUUUAUCAUUUGGAAUAUUAUUUUGUUAAUUUUCAAGCAAUAGAUCAAGGCAAUUCAAACAAAAAAAUCUGUUCCAGCUUAAUGUCAUAUGUUCAUGGAUAUAUUUAAUAGCUUUUUAUAUAGGUUUUACAAAGAACAUGCUAAAACAUGCUAAAACACUGAUCAGAAGAAAAAUAUAUUAUCUACAGCAUAUUAAUAUAUAUAUUAUUUUUUUAAUUUUGGCGCUUACAAUUCCGUGCAUGUUCCGAUGUGAAUCACCUAUGAUUAUGCAUGUUUUUUCUCUUUUUUCUUUUUUUUUUGACAUCAUGACAGAGCUGGACAUAUUAUGAGACUGAAAUGAAAUGAAUGUACUAAUUACGACACGAGUUUGUCUAUUAUCAAUGCAACUGUUUUCCCCAUGUUAUGUAAUAGUUCAUAUAUUCAUAUCAUUCCUGAGGAAAAUUAUGGUUAUCGAAUUUAUGAAUUUUUACUCAAGUUAAUUAAAGCUGUCGUGAUUGCCCGACCAGGACUUGAAAAUCAAUUUUUGAAAACUACAUGUACAUCCAAUGAAAAUCUAACAUGUAUUAAGCGUUCAGUGAAAAUCAAAAGGUAAAAAUGCAUAGAACAAAUUUGACAUAAAUCAGAUUAAUUAAGAAAUAAUAUGUCUCAUUUAGUGAUUUGUCGCUGAAUAAAUCAUUGUUAUUGUAAUUAGGAGUUCAGAUGCGAAGAAAUUAUAUGACGUGGGUGCAGCCCCAGUGAUAUAAUAAUACGCAUCUGAACGACAAACAAUGAUUUUAUUCAAGAGCAAAUCACUAAAUGAGACAUAUUAUUUCGAUUCUAACACGUUACCAGCGACUUUAAAGUACAUCCUUGACGGCAUUCAUUAAAUAUUUGCACGUUUUCAAUCGGUUUAUUUUCCAUGUUUUCCAUGCUAUGCCGUUUGACUCCACAACGUAAUGAUUGUGACGUCAUAAUAAUUCACUGUUUCCAGCCUUCUUUGUUUAAUAGGAAAAUGAUUCGGAUCGUGUUAGAAUCCCCUUUAAAUGUUUUUUGUUUGCUGUGAUUGUCGGUCUUUACUUUUAAUAUGAAGUGUUACAAAAAUAUACUAAAUAUUACAUGGAUUUGACUUGCAUUAUACUUUUGCUUUUUUAUAUAGUGUGAAUAAAGUGUCAGUUGUUUGA